AUGCUCGUUCCAAUUGGAAUCUUUUUCGAAAUUAGGGUGCGCGCCGGCCGGUUCUUAUCGGGUGCAAUGCAGUUGCACUCUCAACUUAUUGCAGUUUCGCAUUCGAGAGUUGUCAUUUUCUUCCAAAAUUACAAAAAUUGCAAAAUAAGAAUGGCGGAGGGUAAUGGAGAGAUAUCUGUUGAAGAAGUCCCCGGGAAAGACUCCGAAGUUGGCCGUACACCAGACUACCGCAAACUCAUUGAUUAUGGCUUGGAUCCUAAGGUGGCUGCUAAGCUCGACGAUAUUUAUAAGACUGGAAAGCUGGCGCACGCAGAGUUGGACGAGCGUGCGCUAGAUGCCUUAAAAGAAUUUCCAUCCGACGGUGCUUUAAGUGUUCUUGGACAAUUUUUAGAUUCAAAUCUUGAACAUGUAUCUAAUAAGAGUGCCUAUUUAUGUGGGGUUAUGAAGACCUAUAGACAGAAAAGCAGGGCGGGCGUGCAGGGCGCGCCCGCGCUGUCGUCCGCUGUCCAGGUCAAGGGCCCCGACGAAGAUAAGAUUAAGCAGAUCCUCGCGAGGACAGGGUACACGUUGGACGUGACCACGGGUCAGCGCAAGUACGGCGGGCCGCCGCCCGGCUGGGAGGGCGGCACGCCGGGCGCCGGCUGCGAGGUGUUUUGCGGCAAGAUCCCCAAGGACAUGUACGAGGACGAGCUGAUCCCGCUGUUCGAGCGCUGCGGCACCAUCUGGGACCUGCGCCUCAUGAUGGACCCGAUGACGGGCACCAACCGCGGCUACGCGUUCGUCACCUUCACCAGCCGCGAGGCGACGCAGCGGGCCGUGCAAGAGCUCGAUAAUCACGAAAUAAAACCUGGGAAGACUCUGAGAAUUAAGAUUAGCGUACCGAAUCUGCGACUUUUCGUCGGCAACAUUCCCAAGUCUAAAGGCAAAGAGGAGAUACUGGAAGAGUUUGGUAAAUUAACAGGGUGCCCCGCUUGCGUCCCGCUUGUCCCGCGUCCCCUCCCCCCCCCCCGCCGCCUCCGCCGGUCCCCCCCUCCCCCUACGCCCCGCCCCGCCGCACCCCCCGCCGGCCGACGCCCCCCCUCCCGCGCCGCCGCCGCCUCCCCCGCUCCCCCGCUCCCGCCCCGGGCUGCGGGCCCGGGCGAGCCCCGGCCCCCCGCCCAUUGGCUAUUCUCCCUCGAAUUGUUCUUGCAGCUGAAUGAUUAUGAAAUUCGAAAGGGGAAAAAGAUUGGCGUUACGGUUUCCUUUAACAAUCACCGUUUAUUCGUGGGGAAUAUCCCUAAGAAUCGAGAUCGGGACGAUUUGUUUGAGGAGUUUACUAGGCACGCACCCGGACUCGUUGAAGUGAUUAUAUAUAGUUCGCCCGAUGACAAGAAGAAAAAUAGAGGGUUUUGUUUUUUGGAAUACGAGUCGCACAAGGCGGCGUCGUUGGCCAAGCGCCGCCUGGGCACCGGCAGGAUAAAGGUUUGGGGCUGUGAUAUAAUAGUCGAUUGGGCCGACCCUCAAGAAGAACCCGACGAGCAGACCAUGAGCAAAGUGAAAGUGUUAUACGUCCGAAACUUGACGCAAGAGAUCACCGAGGAGGCGCUUAAAGAAGAGUUCGAGCGCUUUGGCACCGUGGAGCGUGUCAAGAAGAUUAAGGAUUACGCGUUCGUGCACUUUGAGGAUCGGGACUGCGCAGUAAAGGCGAUGCAGGAUUUAGACGGCAAGGAGAUGGGUGGUGCGCGGCUGGAGGUGUCACUGGCCAAGCCUCCCUCCGACAAGAAGAAGAAAGAGGAAAUCUUACGCGCGAGAGAGCGUCGCAUGACGCAGAUGAUAUACGGCCGCGGCGGAUUUGAUUGGUGCAGCUGCUCGCCGGUGCACGGCGCGCUGCGCGGCCGCACGCCGCAGCCGCAGCCGCGCCCGCCCGCCGCGCGCGGUGACUACGAUUAUGAUUACGACUAUUACGGGUACGGGGAUUACCGAGGUGGCUACAAUGAGCCAUUUUACCGGUACGAUGAGUUCUAUUUUGAUUACGCGGGGCCACCGCAACCGUCCGCCGUCCGCCAGCCUCCCAACAGAGCGCAACCGGAAGACGAGCUCGCCCUAGGGCCCAACUCGCUUUACUACGACCUAACCGGAGGCAUUCAGAGUCGCUCGUUGCAGUUAUGCAGGUCCGGAGACAUAAAUCAGAAUUUGCAUUUGAAAUUGGAACGCGACCGGAGAACGGUAGGGGGCGAACGUUGCGGCCCUUACGGGGGCAGGGGAGGGGGGCGACGGUGGCCGCCGGUGGUGCCGCAGUUGCGGGGCGGGCGCGGGACUGACCGGUGGCGGACUGACUGGUGGCGCAGGGUGGGUCAUGUGGGACGGGCGCGCGAUGGGCGCGGCGCGCGGCGGCGGGCGCGGCUGGGGCCCGUGGUGGUGCGCGACGCGCCGCUCGUGGCCGCCGCACGCCCAGCGCCAUGCGUGGCAACCCGCGCGCCAAGCCAAGUUUACCAGGUAAACGUAAAUUUGACGGGGGCCACCAGAACCAAGGGGGGGAGACGAAGCGGCGCCUGGGCGCGGCAGCGGCGGCGGCGUGCGGCUGGGGCGGUGGCCUCGAGAGCGGCGGGCCGCUGGCGCAGCAGCCGCUCGCCAGCUAGCCUCGCCGUCGAGUGCGCAGGCCCAGCGAGGCGGGGGCGCGGCGUAGACGGCCGCCCCCCGCCGCCGCACCACCCCCCUCCGUCCCCCGCCGCCGCCCACCGCCGCCCCCCGCGCACGUCCCCCCGAUCGCCCCUCAACCCCCGCCACCCCGCCCGCCUCGCGUGGCCGCGCCUGAGCCCCUGUCUGGAGACACUACAAGCUGCGCAGGGGAGCCACUCGGGCGCCGACGCCCGCGCGACCUGGCCGGUUGUUUUUGCGCACGGAUUACGAAAGGGUCUGGUUAUAUUGGCCGGGCUGCUGCCGCGCUCCCACUCCCGGCUGCUGUCCCACCGCCGGCUGACACGGGGACUUUUGGCUGCUGGGGCUCCCCCCUGGCCCGUUCCGCCCCUCCUCAGUGAGUCUGCGCCCCCCGGACUCCCCCGGGCGGUGCAUGCUAAUGCCGGCCUCAGCGCGGACGUCCAGUCAACGAGGGCCACGCGGCACCAGGGCCCCCGACCUCGAACCGUCCCCACUCCCGACCUCCGAGCAGCCGGACUACAGGAGACGCCACGCUCCCGGUCGACUUACGCUCUCAAUUCGCGAUACACAAACAAUCGCGAGUUCCGCGUUCGAAUCCCGCUCGGAGCUAACAUAAUCUUAAAAUACAUUGUA